GAGCUGGAGCCCGAGGCGGCCGUUGCGGCGCAGGCGGUGAUGUCGGUGCAGGUUGUGUCAGCCGCGGCGGCCGCCAAGGUGCCUGAGGUGGAGCUGAAGGACCUGAGCCCCUCCGAGGCGGAACCGCAGCUAGGACUGAGCACGGCGGCUGUGGGCGCCAUGUCUCCCCCGGCGGGCGGCGGGGACCCUGAGGCUCCGGCUCCGGCCGCCGAGCGGCCCCCGGCCCCCGGCCCGGGCUCCGGGCCCGCCGCCGCGCUCAGCCCUGCCGCCGGGAAGGUGCCUCAGGCGUCGGCCAUGAAGCGGAGCGACCCCCAUCACCAGCAUCAGCGGCACCGCGACGGCGGCGAGGCCCUGGUCAGCCCCGACGGCACCGUCACCGAGGCGCCGCGCACCGUCAAGAAGCAGAUCCAGUUUGCUGACCAGAAGCAAGAAUUCAACAAACGUCCCACCAAAAUUGGACGCCGCUCUCUAUCUCGUUCCAUUUCUCAGUCAUCGACUGACAGCUACAGCUCAGCGGCUUCAUAUACAGAUAGCUCUGAUGAUGAGACAUCUCCUAGGGACAAGCAGCAAAAGAAUUCUAAAGGGAGCAGUGACUUCUGUGUCAAGAACAUCAAACAGGCAGAAUUUGGACGAAGAGAAAUUGAAAUUGCUGAACAAGAAAUGCCUGCGCUGAUGGCUCUCAGGAAGAGAGCUCAAGGAGAAAAGCCUUUGGCUGGAGCCAAAAUUGUGGGUUGCACACACAUCACUGCUCAGACUGCUGUGCUUAUGGAAACUCUGGGUGCUCUUGGGGCACAGUGCCGCUGGGCUGCCUGUAACAUCUAUUCCACUCUUAAUGAAGUGGCUGCUGCUCUAGCAGAAAGCGGAUUUCCCGUCUUUGCCUGGAAAGGAGAGUCGGAAGAUGACUUUUGGUGGUGCAUCGAUAGAUGUGUGAACGUGGAGGGCUGGCAACCAAACAUGAUCUUGGAUGAUGGAGGGGAUCUUACUCACUGGAUUUACAAGAAGUACCCCAAUAUGUUUAAGAAAAUCAAGGGCAUAGUAGAGGAGAGCGUUACUGGAGUCCAUAGGCUGUACCAGCUGUCCAAGGCAGGGAAGCUGUGUGUUCCAGCCAUGAAUGUCAAUGACUCAGUCACCAAACAAAAAUUUGACAACCUCUACUGUUGCCGUGAAUCAAUUCUUGAUGGACUUAAAAGGACAACAGACAUGAUGUUUGGUGGAAAGCAAGUGGUCGUCUGUGGCUAUGGAGAGGUGGGGAAGGGGUGCUGUGCUGCCCUGAAAGCCAUGGGCUCCAUUGUGUAUGUCACCGAGAUUGACCCCAUCUGUGCCCUGCAAGCCUGCAUGGAUGGAUUUCGACUGGUGAAAUUAAAUGAGGUCAUCCGACAAGUGGACAUUGUUAUUACCUGUACAGGUAACAAGAAUGUGGUAACCAGAGAGCACUUGGACCGUAUGAAGAAUAGCUGCAUUGUUUGUAACAUGGGACAUUCCAACACAGAGAUUGAUGUGGCGAGUCUGCGGACACCAGAACUGACCUGGGAGCGAGUGAGAUCCCAAGUUGACCAUGUAAUAUGGCCAGAUGGCAAGAGGAUAGUACUGCUGGCAGAGGGCCGUCUGCUGAACCUAAGCUGCUCUACAGUGCCUACAUUUGUGCUCUCAAUCACGGCCACGACUCAGGCUCUCGCCUUGAUUGAGCUCUACAAUGCCCCUGAAGGUCGCUAUAAGCAGGAUGUCUACCUGUUGCCCAAGAAAAUGGAUGAGUACGUGGCGAGUCUACACCUGCCCACCUUUGAUGCCCACCUGACAGAGCUGACAGAUGAACAGGCCAAGUAUCUGGGACUCAACAAGAAUGGGCCCUUCAAGCCUAAUUACUACAGGUAUUAAGUUCCUGUAACUCAAGCCGGAAGAAGUUUUAAGGAAUAGAACCUCAAGUCUUUUCUCCACUACUAUACAGGAAAGAACUCAACAAGCUGCUUCUCCAAUCAGAGCUGCCCGCCGUGCUCACCCUAUAGACCAUAUGUUAGGUUAUUUAUUUAUUAAAAUCUAGAAUCCUGUGCCUGUAGCCUUGGCCGGAGUGUGGUUACUGCCCUGAGGGCUGAGAGAGCCACAUAGGACAGGCUGAGAAAGGAAAGAAAUGGGGUAACCAUUCCCAGUGCAUCUUUUGCAUCAUCCCCCAUUGAUCCGAAGCCUCAGCAAUGGCCAUUUUUAUCUUGUCCAGGAUCAGGAGUUAGUCCAGGGAUGCCAGACUCCUUGUUCCUUGGGGUUUUCUGGAAUAAAUUUUCAGUAGCUGCCUUUCUCAGCUUUGGCUCUUUCCCAGGUGAGGCCUUUUGGAAACCACUGAAUGAACAUGGCCUGGGCUGCCAGCCUUGACCAUCACUCUACUAUCACUGCCUUCUUUAUGAAAUGGCUAGUAGGAAGGAGUGUCAUGGCUUUGGCAAGCUACAACAAGAACUCAGCUGUGCCUGUGCCGACUGGAGGUCUCCUUCCUUAACCAGGACUACCUUCUUCUCCUUGAACAUUGGUGUCCACUUUAAGACUUUCUGGUACCAAGAGGAAUGUGCCUCCAGUAUUUCCUCAGCAGCUGUGGUAUCUGUCAGCCAUUUAUUUUGCCAUCUUUUUAACCCAACCAAACUCUGCACAGGAAGUGAGGGCCAUUUCCAUUGGGACCCAUAGUUUUACUUCCAUGUCAUUUAACUGGAUGGUUUUCCAGGAAGCCCCUCCAGACUGUACUAUCUCAGAAAAGGAGGGUUUGUUGUAAAAACUGCUUCCUGAAACUCCCUGUUGUUGCUUAAACUACUGAAAAUUCUGAAACUAGUGAAGAAAAGCAUAUUCCAAGGGAUUUGGGGAUUUAGGGCUUCAGAAAUGGGACAUGUCUUUCAGGCCUGUAGUUUGACAUACCCGCUUUCUAAAGAAGCAGAGUGUGUUUGUCUCCCGGGAAGAGCUUUGCAGCUUAACUGGCUAAGCUAUACAGAGAUGACCCUGUACAAUGUGUCCAGAUGAUCAAAGCUAGUUUGAACUUCAUCAGACAUUCAUCCCUUUGGCCAUUGCUGUUGAGGAAGCCAAGAUACAAUGUCUCUGCAAUCUGAUCUGUGUUCUUUUUUCUCUGAUGGGAUACCUUUUUAUGUGCUGACCUCUCCCAUCUAAGGAUUCUGUAUUUCAGAGAUAGUUUCUUGAGUAACUUUAACAUUACAAAGAAUGUAGUAAUGUGAGCAGUCUGAAAUUUUAUAUCCCGCCCAAACGGUAGGAUUCCUUUUGGAGACUACCCUGCUGGUCUUUAAGUUUCCAUUGGGACAAGGUUGGUUCUAAAGUGGCCCUAGGAAUUUUGAAGUAAAUAAGUCCUAUCCUUCCCCUGUCAAUCAUGUUUAAACUCUCAGGAUUGUUUUCCUACUUUUUCCCUGACCUGGGCUGCCUCAAAGUCUCAAGACUAAGGUGAUGCCAGGAAAUGCCAGACCACCAGGGUCACUAUAACCUUCCCGCUCUUAAGUCUCCUCCCUUAUCUCUACCCUCUCCAACUUCCCCUGGUCUUCACAUAUACCCUCAGGGCUAGUCUGGAAGUGACCUUACUUUUGGAGGUAGAGAGGUGGAGCUUGGUUAAAUGGCUCUUUGCCUCAUUAAAUAGUAUACAGGCUCAUUCCACAGAGUCUGGUUCCUGGGAGGCCAUAUAUCUUAGCGAGUAUUGGAAAAGUGCCACAUAUAUACAUAUAUUUCCCUGUAAGAAAGAUCAUAAAUGCUGAAAAUCCCACUGGGCCAUUCAGUUCUUCCUUUUGCCCAACCAGUUCUGAUUUUUGUAUUAAUCGGAUCCUUUUAACAAAAGAUUCACAUCUUUUGUACCUCUUCUUGUGUCCAGAGCAAAUGCCAUUAGACAGGUAUCUGGGCUCUAGCCUAUUAUGUUCACAGGCCAAAAAUCUUAACUUGCGGCUUCACAGCAGAGCCUGGCUCCCUAUGAGCUGUGUGUACUCACAGAGGACACCGCCCUGCUCCUGUGAACAAAAAGGGAGCCUCACUGGGCUUCUAGGUUAGGUUGCAAGUGUUGCUGCCCAUGGUGAGGUAUUUGCCUCUGAGUUUCAGAUGAUCAUGCUUUUCUCUCUCCCUCUCUCUCUCUCUCUGUCUCUCUGGAUCCAUCAGCCAUUAAGAAGGCGGCCUCCUGAGUAUUUGGGUUCUACCUUAGUGUUGGAAUCCGGUCAUUAUUCGCUCUACCCUUGGAAUUAGAGCAAAUGUCCCUUCUUCCCUCCACGCUCUGACCUGGGUAUCUGGAUGCAUCCUGGGUAUCUGGAAGCAUGGGAGAGAUAGCUCAUCCCUGUUUCUUUGUGUGUAGCCCUGGCCUGUGGGGCAUACAUACCGUUUUCUCUACAAUGAAUUUGUGCUAAUUUUUGAGUUUUUUUUUUUUUACUUUCUUGAUAGGAAUAUUCAGUUCUAUUUUUCUCAUUAAAAAAAGUAUCUGAUCUAACUACCCUCUACCUUCCCGCCUCCCUAUCCUACCCUCCCAUUUGAGCACGGCUCCCCAUGGCCACAUACUCCUGCAAAGCUUUUUUGCUGCUUGACUUUUCUCUGAACAGAUCUGAAACUGCUGCUCCUGUGGUUUUCUCAAAAUUAACUUAAUCAUGGUUUUAAAAAUGAAAUCAGAAUGCAUUGUUGCAUUAAGCUUUUUUAAUAAAGGAAAAUUACAGAAAUAAAAUAGGCAACACCAGCAAAUUAUAUAUGGACAAGUUCUGAACUAUAUAUACAUAUAUAUAUUAUAUAUAUAUAUUAAAAAAUCAUUAGUUCUCAUUAUCGUCAUACUGAAAGGAAAUAAAGCCUUGAGGAUCUCCAUUUCUGAGAGGCUCUUGGAAAUCUUUAUGUCUGAGUAAUUGUAAUAGAUCAGCAAUAAUGACCAUGUAAUCUCAAAAGACAAAUAAAAUAUUCCCAAAAUGGA